UGUCUGCUGCCCGCCUGCUCCGGCUGCAUGAGGUGCGUCUGCCAGCUUCAAACAGAAGCGCUUGUUGUUAAUUCAGCGUUACCUCAAUAGCAUAAUUAGCGCUUCUGUCACGUAAAUAACCGGGAUUUGCACCAGAGAGGGCGGGAGGAACAGGAGGAGGACCACGCUUUGUGUUUUGAAUGGAACUCAACGAUUUUCAGCAACGCUUGAGAGCGGGGAGCGGGUCGCUUUAAUUCGGACGCCAUCCCCCUCUGUGGAGGAAAAAGGCGCACUUCUGUUGAAAGGCUGCUCACCCGAAGAGGAUACGCGCUCCUUAACGGUUAUGAAGUUUUAAGAGAGGAGACCAGCACUAAGUUGUGAGUUGGUCAGUAUUUUGGGAGUAUGAGGAAACCAGUGCCACAGAAAGCGAUCGAGUGGAAAGACUCCCGAAGGAUCAAGCAUGCCCGGAGCGGCCGGCCCUCCAGGGUGCCCUCGCUGUUUCAGGGAGGGCAUUUCAGUUGGGAAAAAUACCUGAAAGAGACGGGUGCAACCGCAGCCCCUGCCUCAUGUUUCAGACAGAGCCUCACGCCUCCCGUGAAUGAGUUCAAGGCCGGGAUGAAGCUGGAGGCUCAGGAUCCACGCAACACCACGUCCACCUGCAUCGCCACGGUGGUGGGCCUGACAGGCUCGCGGCUCCGGCUGCGUCUGGACGGGUCCGACAACAAGAACGACUUCUGGCGCCUGGUGGACUCCUCGGAGAUCCAGCCCAUCGGCAACUGUGAAAAGAAUGGAGGCAUGCUGCAACCGCCGCUCGGUUUCCGCCUCAAUGCAUCCUCAUGGCCCAUGUUCCUUCUGAAAACACUCAAUGGAGCUGAGAUGGCUCCGUCUCGCAUCUUUCACAAGCAGGAGCCUCCCGCUCCAGAGCAGAACUCCUUCCAGGUGGGCAUGAAGCUGGAGGCGGUGGACCGGAAAAACCCCCACUUUAUCUGCCCGGCCACAGUAGGUGCACUGCGAGGUGUGGAGGUGCUGGUCACCUUUGAUGGCUGGCGGGGAGCCUUUGAUUACUACUGCCGCUAUGACUCGCGCGACAUCUUCCCUGUUGGCUGGUGCUCCCUCACUGGAGACAACCUUCAGCCGCCUGGCACCAAAGUGGUGUUGUCUAAAAGCCAGGGGGCGCCGGGAGACGGAAGUGUGGAGAGCUCAGCCAUGCAUCCCACCCCCGUGGUGGGCAGGCCGCCGGGUCAGAGAGGACGCAAGCCAGGCCGCAGGAAAACCAAAGUGACAGGUCCCUGGAGCCAGAAGGGCUCCGCCCUGGGACCGCAAAGCAUCCAGCCGGGAAAAGUCCUGGAGCCCAUCAAGAUACCCAAGAAAAGAGGACCCAAGCCAGGCAGUAGGCUGGGCUGGGCGAAGACAGCUGGCUGGCUGGAUGAAGUGGCCGGCCCGGGGCGGCCUCUGACAGGCCCGGGGCGGACCAGGGGCAGAUUGCCUGCCAACUGGGCACAGAGGAUAGGUGCCCAGCAGCCCCCGACUCAGGCGGAACCCGUCAAGAUCCCAAAGAAAAGAGGACCCAAACCGGGAAGCAAGAGAAAACCUCGAGUGGUACCUAAUCCAGUCCCCACGUCUCCCACCAGCAGCACUCCAGAGCCGGACACCAGCACUGUACCCCUGGACAACGCCACCAUCCCCAACUCUGCACUACAGGCUCCCACAGUUUGUGUUUACCUAAACAAGUACGGAAAAGUCGGACCCCAUUUGGACCAGCGGCGCAUCCAGAAGCUCCCAGACCACUUCGGACCCGGCCGAGCCUCCUCGGUGCUUCAGCAGUGUGUCCAGGCGUGUGUGGACUCAGCCCACAACCAGGGCACCGUCUUCUCCUGCCUCAAGUCUGGACAAGGAGGCGAAGUCAUUUCAGCGUUCUUCGACCAGCAGCAGCACACCCUGACCCUGCCGACCGUCAGCAGCGUCACAUACGUCCUCCGCUUCCUGGAAAAACUCUGCCACAACCUUCACUGCGACGCUCUGUUUGGCAGCCAGCCUGUCGCCAGAGGAGGCCAACACUUCGACAGCCACACGUACACAACAGAACGGAGAAACUUUGGUGACGGCCUGACCACUGGACCGGGCCGAGGCACCAAGCGCUUCCUUCAGGACUUCAUCAGUACCUCGUCUCAAAAAUUGGCAAAAAUCUCCCGACAUGCUACUGACAGUGAGUCUUACACCGACAGCAUGGCUGUUGUCCCAGAGCACUUAAAGAAGAGUCCGCUGUCCCCAAACUCUGCAGGGCCGAAGCCCGUCCUCCGCUCUCCCUCCAGGCUGCCGCACAGCAACUCUUCCUCAGGUAGUUUCCGGAAGAGUCCCAAGACCAGCGGCCAGGAUCCCAACCUGUGGACGGUAGAGGAAGUCAUGCAGUACAUCAGAGACAUCGACCCAGUGCUGGCUCCACAUGCCGACCUUUUCAGAAAACAUGAGAUUGAUGGCAAAGCCCUGCUGUUGCUGCGCAGCGACAUGAUGAUGAAGUACAUGGGCUUGAAGCUGGGCCCUGCCCUCAAGCUCACCUUCCACAUCGAUAAGCUCAAGCGGGCUUGAGGAGGUCAGCCCGCUCGCCGCAGCCUUCCAAAGGACUUAACUCCAGCCCCGCCUCCCUCCUCUUGGAUCAUGCACUUCAGAAUGAACACAUACUGACGAGGAACAUGUAGCAGCUUCCAUCAGGCCGCCGCCCCCGCCCCCCCCACCCCACUCCCCGUCUCAGCCUCAUCUAAUGAGGAAUGUUUAUGUUGUGUAGCACAAUCCAGCCUCAAGGCAGCAUGGGAUACGUAGGAUAUCACCCACUUGUCCGUCAUCCGUUUUGCAUUUCAGUAUAACUUGAAGAAUCAGACGUGGCCAUUCAAACUGUAAAAAGGCUCUUUGGCCGGCUUUUCUUAUGUUACAUUUGAUCUGUACUUUGCAUAUUUUGUACGUCAUAAAUAUAUGAACUUGUAUUUUUGCCGUUUCAACGUUUUGUGUUGGGAUAUGCUAAAAGAAAGAAAAACACUACAUUGAUCCCAAUAGUUGGGAAUUCCUCUUACGAGUCUCAGUUUGAGGCAUGUUUUUACAACUAAAAUAUUAAUUAUGGCAAGAAAACGGUGUUUAAUAACAGGAAAGAACCUUUAUUCUGAGCUUACUGCCAUGAGGAAAUCAAUUUUUUUUUUCUCUUAUUCUGGAUGUUGUUUACAAUGCUUCGUCUUGUCUUUGUUAUUUGUACUUUUUUAAUUUUUAUACUAUAUUAUUAGAGUUCCUAAAUGGAGAGCCCUAUCAUACUUAACAAUGUUCAAUAAAUAUAUAAUUCACC